ACAGAGACAGAGUAGACAGAGACAGAGGAGUAGAAAGAGACAGAGGAGGAGAAAGAGACAGAGGAGUAGAAAGAGACAGAGGAAGAGAAAGAGACAGAGGAGUAGAAAGAGACAGAGCAGGAACCAUAGAUGUCUGUGACAGAGCGAGCAAGAUCACCAUGCACUGAGGAGGGGGACGACUUUAAUCAAGUCACCUGAAUACUGGAAUGACUGAAAGAACACAACACUCCUACAACUGAGAAUACUACAGUUCACUUGAGCCAAGACCUCCAACUGUCCUCCACUUCCUCAUCACUCUCCUCCAGGAUGUUCAACUCCUCCUCCUCUGCGUUCUGUCCUCUCCUCCAGACCAUGCUGGACCACUCUCUAAACAACAACACGGGGGUCAACCUGGUGGUGGUGUGGGUCCACGGCCUGGUCUCCUGUCUGGGUAUCCUGGAGAACGCUCUGGUCCUCUGGGUGGUCGGCUUCCGCCUGCGCCGCCGGACCGUGGCCUCUGUCUGGGUUCUCAACCUGGCCCUGUCAGACUUCCUGGCUACGCUGACCCUCCCUCUCUUUACACACUACCUGCACUCCUCACACAGCUGGGAGCUGGGAGGUCCGCUGUGUACGGCCCAGUCCUCAGUCUUCUUCCUCAACAUGUUUGUCUCAGCCUUCCUCCUGGCGGCCAUUUCUCUGGACCGCUGUCUCCUGGUGGCGCGGCCCGUCUGGAGUCAGAACCACCGCUCCAUCAGCGCCGCCUGGAAGGUGUGUGCUUUGGGCUGGUUGUGGGCGGCGGCCAACACCUUCCCUUACUUCCUGUUCCGGGCGGUGACGGAGAAGACGGACGGAAGGAAGCUCUGCUACCACCAUUUUGGAUUGUACUCGUCGCCAGGGAAGCUGGAGAGGGACUGUAGGGUACGGCAGGCGGCGACCGCCGUGUCCAAGACGUUCCUGGCGUUCCUACUCCCCCUAGUGGUGAUUGCAGGGAGCUACGCCCUCUUUGGCAUCAGUCUGAGCCAGAGGAGGAAGAGGAGGAGGAAUAACAGCAGUAGUAGACUCACUGGGGCUUUGAUUGUUACCAACGUGGAACGUAGAGAGUCAAAACCCAACACAAACACCAAAAGCUCCACCCCCAACCCAAAAGGCUCCACCCCUACCUCCACCUCCGUCAAAUUGUCUUCUAGACGGACCGAGCCCGGCCUAUCCCGUGGCUUCACCAAAAUGGUGACAUCAGUUAUCGCGACGUUUGCCCUCUGCUGGUCGCCUUAUCACGUGUUCUGCCUCAUUGAGGUUGCUGCACAGUACUGGCCGACCAAGGUCGUGUUGGUGGAGGUGGGGUUGCCAAUAGCGACGACCUUUGCCUUCUUGAAUCCGGUGUUAAACCCGGUGCUGUACGCGUUCAGCUGUCCCAACUUCUGCGUCCGGAUCAGACAGAGUCUGGGGGUGCUGAUGGAGGGACUGGUGGAGGAGGGAGGGAUGGGUGGAGUAGGAGAGGGGGGGCUGGGGUUGAGUAUCAGGAAGGGGUGGAGGAAGGGAAGGGGGAGCCUGGGAGGGAACUCAUUAUCGUCACCAAGCUGUCUGGGAACUCCAGGGUCUCCGCAUCUCCAGGUAGAUCAUCUGCCCUCCUCUGCCUCCAUCAACCACAACUUCAAAGCCAGUUGUGGAGACCUGGAGCAGGGAGAGGACCCUCUGAACUGA